AUGGGAAAUCUUCCAUUUUCAAAAACAACAGGAGAGGACAUUUCGAGUCCCCGAGUCAAUCGAUCUUCUUCUUCUUCGAAUAUGAAAAAACCCGAAGAUAUUGUUUUGGAAAAAGUUCUCGCCAAUCCAAUCAUUAAACAAAAACUUGGAAAUAAUAUUCAACAAAUGAGAAUGUUCGCUCAACAAUUGAGUGAUCCAGAAGAAUUGAAAGAAUCGUAUUUACAUACAGAUUGGGUUCAAACUACCAAAUUGAUUUCUGACAUUUCGAACAAAGUCAAUGAAGAUUCUCCUCCAUUAAAUUCGAGUCAAGAUUUGAUUCGAAGAGGUUCGCAAUUGUUACAAUCGACUCAAUCUGUCAAUGAUAUGAAAAUUAUUGGAAAUUUUAAUUCAACGAUGAGUAAUAGUCAAGGAGAAGGAGAUUUGAAUAUGGAAAUUUCUAAACAACCACCCAUUCAAUUGAAAGACAAGAUUCGAAUUAAAUUGCUGGUCACAGAGACGGCAAGAAAUAGUACAGAUCGAACCAUUCGACAAUUGUUGUCACCUGUUUUGAAUUCGUUUAAUGUUCUUCCUGAGAUGGGAAUGUUUCACACAGCACUUAUUGUCGGACCGUGGAAAUUGGAGUUCAAUGACUCUGGAAUUGUAGUACCUCGUAAAAUUAUGUCACAAGCUGCCGUAUUGACAGCAGACAUCGAUUAUAUUUCAACAGUGGACAGACUUGAAGAAGUUAUUGAUACUCUUGCUAAAGUAAUUUGUAAAUGGAAUGUUCACAUGGUCUACAAACAAACAGGAGGAGAUCCAUCCAAACAUGGUAAUUGUCAAGAUUUUGUGGAUGACUGUUUGGCAGCUUUGGGAGUGAAAUUGAACUUUGAAGGAGCUCUUAAAAACUUUAUUACACGUUUAAAGAAAACAGGAAACAGCAAGCUCCAAUUUGAAAUGACUCGAGAAUUUAUUGAGAAAUUCAAAUUGGUGGACUUGUACCCAUCGUUGCGACGAGCUUUGGAAAAUCAAGAGAAUGCAAAAGAUCAAUCUGGAGAGGCUGCAGAGGAUGAAGUCCCUGCAGGUGCUCUCGUUUUUCAAACUCACAAAGAUUUGGAUCGAUUUGUUUGGUAUUUAAUGCAACAAGAUUUUGAAUUUCAGAAUCACUACCCAUGUGAAUAUCAAUUAUUGAAAUCUUUUGAUAGAGCAUUUUGGGUGAAAGCUCUUACGUAUCCAAACAUGGAACAAUUUCAUCCACUCUACGAAGAUGAAGACAUUCAUGUGGGAGCCAAAUCGCCCUCCAACAACAAACAGCCCAUCAAUAACGAAGAAAGAAAGCAAAAAUGUCCCUUUGGGGAUCCUUGUGCCUCCUCAUUCAUUUACUUGUAA